AUGACUUCGGGUGGAGGUUUGAAGCUGCUGAAGACCCUUGAAACUGAACAAGAAGUGUACAUCCGGAAGCUGGUGGUAGCCAUCAGUCCAUCUGGAGUGUUUCUGCAAAAGAUUAGCCAUCUGGUUGAUUAUGUAAUGUACACUGACUACCGAGAACCCACCUUCAAUCUUCCGGAAGAUUUGUUCUGGUGGAUUCUGGUUACGUGGUAUCAAUUGGAGAUGCACCUUUGUGAUGGCCAAUGCAUCAGACGGAUGCUGUUCAUCUGUGACGUCGGUGUUAUCAACAUGACCUCGGAUGGAAGAGUGAAACUUAUGAAGGUUAUUGACCGCGAAACGGUAGUACGUGUUGAGAAAAUGAUCGUAGCCAUCAGCCCUACCGGACAGUUUUUGCAAACGAUUAGCCCCUUUAUUGAUUCCAUCACGUAUGGUAACUACCACGAACCUACUUUUCUUGUGCCGGAAGGUAACACCAUCACCGAGAUCAACUUUAUGCGUGCUACAAGCCUUCGUGCGUUUAUAGCCGGUUCGAACACGGGCCUGGAGAUCCUAAAUAUUCAAUACUCUGAGUUGGAUCGCUUGCCAAAGGCUCUGCCCAAGUUGGACAGGUUAAAAGAGCUUAACAUACAAUACGGUAUGUUAUCUGUUCUGCGACUAGAUAUGUUGAUGGAAAACCAGAAUUUGACCACCCUGGAUUUAUCCCACAAUCAAAUACGCCAAAUAUUUCCAGUCACUGCGUAUCCUGGUACGAUGUUAAGCAUCGAAAAAUUGAUACUUAAUGGCAAUCUACUGGAACGUUUGGAUAUGGCCGUAUUUGCACCAAUGUCAAAACUCGACUUUUUUCAAGUUUUAGAAAAUCGCUUAACGCAAUUGGAUGCGUCGAUACCAACCACCUUUGCCAAACUUUCCACACUAAACAUUGGUGAUAACAAAAUCAGAACGGUCGACCUGAGGAAUUUAACGCUUCCUAGCCUCUUGAGCGUUUCUUUUGGUCCCAACAAUCUGAAGCAGAUGCCGGCCCUACCGAAAAUGUUACCGGCACUUGAAUACAUGUCGCUUGCUCAGAACAAUCUCACUCAAUUGGACCUAGGGUAUUUCCGACAAUAUCAAAAGUUGAAAUACGUAUACAUUAUGUCGAACCAAAUCACUGCCGUACGUACGUCAUCUCCGGUAAAACUGUCCAUACUUUGGUUGAAUUUAGCAACUAACAAGAUCACCUCGUUCAACAUUACUGGAUGUGGCUUACCCAACAUGACGUCUUUAAAUCUGAGGGGAAACCGUCUUACGGUGGUACCACCUGUGUUUGCACGAUUCCCGAAACUAAGUGUAACACUGGACAUGAACCCGAUCACAUGCGACACGCUACUUCUGUACAAGGAUCAAAUUAAGAACGACAAACUUUAUAAAGAUCGCGUAUCUCCUUCAUGGGCAUGUGAUACGACAUCAUCGUUUCUAGUUGGAGAGCAAAUAAAGAUAUGCUGUGACAGUUGA